AUGGGUAGAACAAUAAGGUGGUUCAAGAGUUUGUUUGGGAUAAAGAAAGAUAGAGAUAAUUCAAAUUCAGAUUCGAAUUUGAAUUUGAAUUCUUCAAGUACUAAGUGGAAUUCUUCUCUUGAAACUUUCUCAAAGAGAGAUUCGAGAGGUUUAUGUCAUAAUCCAGCUACUAUACCACCCAACAUUUCGCCAGCGGAAGCUGCUUGGGUUCAAUCCUUCUACUCAGAAUCUGAGAAGGAGCAAAACAAGCACGCCAUUGCUGUUGCAGCUGCCACAGCAGCAGCUGCAGAUGCUGCUGUGGCAGCUGCUGAAGCUGCCGUGGCUGUUGUUAGACUAACCAGCCACGGCAGAGAUACCAUGUUUGGUGACGGACACCAGAAAUUCGCUGCUGUCAAGAUUCAAACCACAUUCAGAGGCUACUUGGCGAGAAAAGCACUUAGAGCUUUGAAGGGGUUGGUAAAGUUACAAGCACUGGUGAGAGGGUACUUAGUGAGGAAGCAAGCAACAGCAACACUUCACAGUAUGCAAGCUCUGAUUAGAGCACAAGCAACAGUGAGGUCUCAUAAAUCUCGAGGACUCGUCAUGAACACGAAGAAUGAUACGCAUAACAGAUUUCAAACACAAGCAAGAAGAUCCACGGAAAGGUACAAUCACAAUGAGAGUAAUAGGAAUGAGUACACAUCUUCAACUCCGAUUCACAGUAGAAGAUUAUCAUCUUCUUUUGAUGUUACUGUCAGCGGCAACAGCAGCAGCAACAACAACAGUUAUGAUAUAGGAAGUCCCAAAAUAGUAGAAAUUGAUACCGGAAGACCGAAAUCAAGGUCAAGAAGAAGCAACACAUCAAUUUCCGAUUUUGGCGAUGACCCGUCAUUUCAAGCACUUUCAUCUCCACAUCCAAGUAUCCCAUCUCAGUUAUUCAUUCCAAACCAAAGAAAUUUCAGUGAAUCAGAUUGGGGAAUAAUAGGGGAAGAAUGCAGAUUUUCAACCGCGCAAAGCACUCCGCGUUUCACAAGUUCAUGUAGUUGUGGAUUCGUGGCACCUUCUACACCUAAAACAAUUUGUGGAGAUAGUUUCUACAUUGGUGAAUAUGGUAACUAUCCUAAUUACAUGUCUAAUACACAGUCUUUUAAGGCCAAAUUGAGGUCUCAUAGUGCUCCAAAGCAACGACCCGAACCGGUUCCAAGAAAGAGGCUUACAUUGAAUGAACUCAUGGAGUCUAGAAACAGUUUGAGUGGAGUUAGAAUGCAAAGAUCUUGUUCACAGAUUCAGGAUGCUAUUAAUUUUAAGAAUGCUGUUAUGAGUAAGUUAGAUAAGUCUGCUGAUUUCGAUAGAAACUACUCCAACCAAAGGAGGUGUUGA